CGCGCCCGCUUCCUCCUCUUUGCGUUCUCCGCCGCCAUGCCGACCAAAAAAUCCAAGACGAGGAAGCUGCGCGGGCACGUGAGUCACGGACACGGCCGCGUGGGGAAGCACCGGAAGCACCCCGGGGGCCGCGGUAACGCCGGAGGACUGCACCACCACCGCAUCAACUUCGACAAAUAUCACCCAGGGUACUUUGGGAAGGUGGGCAUGCGGCACUAUCACCUGAAGAGGAACACCACCUUCUGCCCCACCAUCAACCUGGACAAGCUGUGGACGCUGGUGAGCGAGCAGACCCGGGUCAACUACAGCCAGAAGCCCGAUGGACCUGCACCCAUCAUUGAUGUCGUGCGCGCGGGCUACUUCAAGGUGUUGGGCAAGGGGAAGCUGCCCAAGCAGCCGGUGAUCGUGAAGGCCAAGUUCUUCAGCCGGCGCGCCGAGGAGAAGAUCAAGGGUGUGGGGGGAGCGUGUGUGUUAACCGCCUGAACACUUUAUUAAUAAAACAGAGGAAAACA